GCUGGACACAGCUCUGAGGAGCUGGUGCCCACGGUGGCUCCGUGUAUUGGCGCUCCGGUAGCUUGGAUCCGUACACACACGGUUCCGCCUCAGCGCUGGGGCCUGGGACCCCCCUACACACACACCGGGCUGCGGGCUGCGGCCUCCUGGGGCCAGGAAAGCAGAUGGAAGUCGGAGGCGUAGGGAGACCCUGGCUCUGCCCUUCCUGGUACCCCCGCCCCCCACCCACUCCGACUUCCUUGGGAGAUUCUCUUCUCCACACUUGUGAAAGCAGCUGAGGGCGCCCUCGCCUUCCCUUCCCGCUGAGGUCUUCCCUACUGUCGAGGUUUUAUUCCUUCCUGGGAAGGAUGAGGGUCUCCUCACACCCCGUGGGCAAAGAAUGGACACUCGAGACUGGAUACCCCCUCCUCAGGGAGGGGCUGCAAGCCAGGUCUCCCCACCCUGAGGGAGGGAACUGUAAUUAAUGUUAAUUAGCACUUUGGGGCCGGGGCUGGUGGAGCAGAAUGGUCAAUGGUUGGCAGGAGAGCUUUGAGUGUGUGCGUGCACACGUAGGUGAGUGUCUGUCCGGAGCCCCGCACCCGCGGUCACUGGAUCUUUACCCUCCAACCCGUUAUACUGAUGGGAGAAAGGAAUACGCUUGAAGAAGAGACAGCUCUGCGGCGGUCAGGAGACGGUUCUCUGCUCCCCGGUUCCCCUCGGAGGCUUGUCCCCCUGUCUGCUGCCUUCAGUCUCCUCCCAUCAUGGAAGCUGAACCUGGAGGGGUUUGGAGAGGCGCAGGCUGUCCAGGGGGCUCAGGCCCAGAGCCCAGAGCAACCAGCACAAUAGCGUCCAACAGCUGGACCGCCAACAGCAGCCCCGGGGAGGCCCGGGAAGAUGGGUCCGAAGGCCUGGACAAGGGGCUGGACAACGAUGCCGAGGGAGUGUGGAGCCCGGAUAUUGAGCAGAGCUUCCAGGAGGCCCUGGCCAUCUACCCGCCCUGCGGCCGGCGCAAGAUCAUCCUGUCAGAUGAGGGCAAGAUGUACGGUCGAAAUGAGCUGAUCGCCCGCUACAUCAAACUGAGGACUGGAAAGACCAGGACCAGAAAACAGGUGUCCAGCCACAUACAGGUUCUCGCUCGGAAGAAGGUUCGGGAAUACCAGGUUGGCAUCAAGGCCAUGAACCUGGACCAGGUCUCCAAGGACAAAGCUCUCCAGAGCAUGGCGUCUAUGUCAUCGGCCCAGAUCGUCUCCGCCAGCGUCCUGCAGAACAAGUUCAGCCCACCCUCCCCGCUGCCUCAGGCCGUCUUCCCCACCUCCUCUAGGUUCUGGAGCAGCCCACCCCUGCUAGGACAGCAGCCUGGACCUUCUCAGGACAUCAAGCCCUUUGCUCAGCCUGCCUACCCCAUCCAGCCUCCCCUGCCACAGGCGCUCAACAGUUACGAGCCCCUGGCCCCGCUGCCCCCAGCCGCCGCCUCCGCGCCUGCGUGGCAGGACCGCAGCAUCGCCUCCUCCCGCCUGCGCCUCCUGGAGUAUUCUGCCUUCAUGGAGGUGCAACGGGACCCCGACACGUACAGCAAACACCUGUUCGUGCACAUCGGCCAGUCAAACCCCGCCUUCUCCGACCCACCCCUGGAGGCGGUGGACGUGCGGCAGAUCUACGACAAGUUCCCCGAGAAGAAGGGGGGGCUGAAGGAACUCUACGAGAAGGGGCCCCCGAACGCCUUCUUCCUUGUCAAGUUCUGGGCUGACCUCAACAGCACGGUUCAGGAGGGCCCCGGGGCCUUCUACGGGGUCAGCUCGCAGUACAGCUCGGCCGACAGCAUGACCAUCAGUGUCUCCACCAAGGUGUGCUCCUUCGGCAAGCAGGUGGUGGAGAAGGUGGAGACCGAGUACGCCCGGCCGGAGAACGGGCGCUUCGUCUACCGCAUCCACCGCUCCCCCAUGUGCGAGUACAUGAUCAACUUCAUCCACAAGCUCAAGCACCUGCCCGAGAAGUACAUGAUGAACAGCGUCCUGGAGAACUUCACCAUCCUGCAGGUGGUCACGAGUCGGGAUUCCCAGGAGACUCUGCUGGUGAUCGCGUUCGUCUUCGAGGUCUCCACCAGCGAGCACGGGGCCCAGCACCACGUCUACAAGCUUGUCAAAGACUAGCGUGCCCCGGACGUCCACGAGGAUGCAAGGCGGACAUCUUCCACACACCUGCCUGCCUGGGCCCCCAGGGCGUGGGCUGGGGGACUCGCCCACCCACUGGCCUCGGGCCGGGACCCAGGCUGCCUCCCCGGCCUCGGCAGCACGGCACACGCGCUCCCUGCCACUGUUCUGCGCUUUACUGGAGAAGAGGGCUCCGUGGUGGGGUGGCCUGCCCGGGCACCGACCCACAGAUGCCCACGCUCCACCUGGCCUCACGUGACGUCAGGGCGGGGGGUAGAGGACACCUGUGGGCUUCGUGCGUGGUCGCUGGCCCUGAGGGGAGCGUGAUGGGCAGGUGAGGGGAGAUGGAGACUGGGGAGAGGCAGCUGGCAAGAAGGCCCUGGUACGAGGAGUCAAGUUGGGCGCUGGGUUGAGAAGGGCCCACACUUCUUUGUGUCUUCUGGGUACCGGCCUGUUCCUAGGCCCCUUGCGCAGCAAGUCUGGGUCUUCUAUGUCAACAGUGCCAAGAUGGGGGCCCACAGGAGUGGACAGAGCUUGUACAUAGGUUUGGCUACCUCCCUACAACAGGGCUGGCUCCAGGGGAGGGGCGUGGCUGGGAUGGUACACCCUGUCUCCCCAGCAGACAGGCGGCAGGGAACCGGAGGCUGGAACUUGAAGAGUCCUUGGCUCCUGCCCCAUCCCCCCUUCUCCACAGCCAGGCCGCUGAGGUCAACUCGCCUGUCCCCAGGCCACCUGGGUAUUUAUGAGUUUCAAAUGAAGUACUGUGCCCCUCCUCAUCCUGCCCGAGCUUCCUGAAGGUCUUCACCGUUUGCAUACUGCUCAGGCCACCUCCAAACCCCACCUAGGUUUUAUAACAUGUAUUAUAUUUUUGUGUAUUUUUAAAAUCCAGCUAUGAUGGGCUAUAUCAUAAAUGGCUCAAGGCAGGGGCUCCUCAAGGCCUGGCUCCUGCUUAAAAAAUUAAAUGUUUUCUGGGUCAGACAGUUGUGCCACAUACAACCUCUGACCUGUACUAAAAA